CCAUAUAUUACGUUACGAAAACCCCCCAAAAUCGUAUAUUACACAUAAAUAUGACAACAACAAGGCAUGUUCUAAGUUUUAAGGCAAUUUUAUUGGCAAUGUUUCACAAAAAAUCGCAACUUCAAUCCACUCGUUUUACCUCUAAGAAUAACAGCCGAUUCCAAGCUACGAACAAGCUUCAAACCCAUUGCCUGGGCUACCUGUGGUCUAUCACACUGCAAUUUUUUAAAGCAAUUAAUUAAAAUAUUACGGCGUUAUGAUCAAUAUAUCUUUUAGAUUGUAAUUUAUACAAAGAUUGGACUGCUUUCUGAAUUGUCAUGUGACGAGUGAAAUACAUACAAAGGCAUGCUUCCCGAUUUAAGUCUCUUUCCCCCUAGGGGAAGAAUUUUACAAAAAGGAAAAAGUAUUUCACGGUAUGGACCUCCCAGCUGAUAUAUAACAUAUAUAUAUCUUUUAAUCAGCCUUUGUUAAAGUAAAUAGGGUUUGUGUGAAUUUUACGUUUUCGUGUCCCCUGAGAUGUAAACAGGUUUUUUUUUUGCUCACAGUUCAAAGUACUUGACACUCUUGUCUUAAAUCUGCUAGUGCGUCAGCAAUUAAACAAAAAAAAAAAUAUUCACCACGCCUAACAGUCAAAAAGAGAGCACAGCAAAUACGCUUCAGUAACGAUCUGCAUUGAUUUGGGUACUCGCAUUUGCAAGCACAAUGGACGGGACAAGCAUACAGGAAACCAAACAACAUCCUCAGUUACCUAAAGAGUUCGUUGAACGAGUUUUCCUUGGUUUCGCGUCUACGCAAGCUCUUUUCGCGGCGUGUAAACUCAAGAUCUUUGACUCGCUUCACGAGCAACCAAACUCAGCAUCUGGCCUCAGAGAAAAAUUAUCUACUGAUACACACUUGAUGGGUUUAACGAUGCUCUUGGACACUUUAGUAUCACUGCAACUGUUGCAUAAGGAUACCUCAGUGGUCCCAAAUCAGUACGAAAAUACGCCAGCGGCUGAUCGAUUCCUUGUGACCACAAGUAAGCAUUCAUUUACUGGUUUCGUGAAGUUUUUCAUGACGCAAGUUCAACCUAGAUUAACAACAGACAACCUUGUGCGCGCUAUACAAGAGGAAGAAACAGUAAUCGGCGAAACCUGGAAGGUCCUUUACCAAACCAAGGAGGAUAUACUGGUAUUCCACGAGGGCUUCGAUCAUCUGAUGAGUAUCGAGGCGCCGACACUCCUCUCGGCUUUCGACUUGGGCGGCUUCACACAUAUUUGUGAUCUUGGAGGUGGCACAGGCCGUUUGGCUUACGAAGCAUCUCAACUCUACCCAGACAAGAAGCUGACCGUGUUCGAAUUGCCUCAAGUGGUUGACGUAGCCGACCAGUUUAAGCCUUGUGCUGACGAUUACCCAAACAGAGACCACGUCAGCUUCAUCGGCGGGGACCUUUUCACCGAUGAUCUCCCUAAAGCAGACCUGUUCACCAUAGUAAGGAUUGUUCACGACUGGGGCGAGGAAAAGUCGGAUCUGCUGUUGGGGAAGAUUUUCAGGACUCUGCCGUCAGGUGGCGGAGUGCUCCUAGGAGAGAUACUGCUACCAGAGGACAAGACAGGUCACAUCACUGGCAACUUAAUGAGUAUGUUAAUGCUCGCGUUUGCUGAUAGUGGCUCUCGCGAGAGAACAGCACAAGAAUACAAAGAACUCUUCCAGAAACACGGGUUUGUCAACGUACAGGCUAGAACAACCGACGCUGCAUUUUGUGAUGCGGUCCUUGCCAUCAAACCAUAGAGGACAAUUGUCUUUGUCUCUUCGUCUUAAGGCCUGCAAAGUUGUGUUAGCGUCAUUAAACAACAGUGGAUAACUUUCUUUGAGCUGUCUAAGCUCCACAACGACUCAUCGAAGUUACUGUCUGAUCGAUCGUUUCUAGUCUAAUUCAUAAAAAAACAUGUUGACUCGUAGAAAAUAUGAAAUUCGAGCCGAAAAAAAUUAUUGUAUUUCCUUAAUCAAAGUAAAAUGUGUCUCUUAGUAAAUAUAGAACUCGCAUGGAAAUAACAAAAAUAAAAAUAAACAAUAGAUUUAUUCAUUUCAAAAA